AUGACUACCCAGGCGGGGGUGGCUCUGUCUGAAGCAUCCCCUCAGCGAAAGCCCCGGCCCCAGCGCCUCCGGGAAUGUCACGCCGUCGGCGCCCCCGCCCAGGCCCGCUACCCCCCCGGGGCCAAAGUUGUUAUAUCGGCGCCGCUGUCGAGGGGCUCUCUUCUGGCUAGCGGGGCGGAGGAAUCACCGUCCGCAGUGCCCCCACCGAAAGUCUCCCCCCCUCCCCAAGUGCCGGGAAGGCUUGCCCCUUCGAGCCCCCCUUCGAGACCCGGGGCAAGGCGACUCCCUUCGGUUGAAUUCCCCCCGGCCCCGCCAGAGGCCAGACCCCCAGCCAACUGGCAAACAUCUACCCCCGCCAAAUCGCCGGCCUCAAAGCCUCAGUGGCGCCCAGGGCCCAUCAUGUUGCCGGCGUGCCACCCCCCUGCCAACCGCCCCCUCUCGAAAGCGCCGGCUCCAAGCCCUCCUCUCCCCCCAGUGGUGCCCGCCGACACCCCCCUUCCACGUGGUCAGCAUGCCAUUCCUUCGCUCCCAUGGCCGUUGAACCAACUGGCUAGCAUACUUGCCGCACAGAUACGGGCUCGAGGCCCGUCAUCCGGCUUCCCCCUCCAAGCGCCCGGCGCUGCCGGAUCAAUUGAUGGGGAGGUGUAA